AUGGACCGCGACUACGCUUCCGCGGAGCAGAAGGCCAAGGCGGAGCGGGGCCUCGCCGACAAGGCGGCCAAGGCCGAGCGCGCGGAGGCGCGGCGGUCCGCGGCGCCGCGGCGGCCCGUCGAGGAGAAGUGGGCGCAGUGCGACCGCUGCGCCAAGUGGCGGCGGCUGCCGGCGGUCAUCAAGGUCGAGAUGCUGCCCGAGCGCUGGUUCUGCGAGAUGAACGUCUGGGAC